AUGAUAUUUAUUUUGCUAGAUCUCGGUCACGGUCGAAAUCACCUGAAAAAGCCAAAUCUCCAUCACCCAAAAGACGUUCUCGCUCCAGAUCCCCUGUACGACGAAGAUCAAGGUAAGGCUCUGGGCAGGCUCUCCUUUGCGUGGAAAAGACGAUUGCAGCCCUCGAUCAACUUCGAUAAGGCAAUAUUAUUUUUAAGGGGUGUAUUUCCCUUUAAAGGGGGUGGAGUGAUGCAGAAUGGUGUCUGCAGAAUUUAUAUAUUUUGAUGUUUUGAGAAGAGUGAUGAUAUAAGUUUAGGCAAUUGUAAUCUCCUAUAGAUCACGAACGAAAUCAAGAUCGCGAAGUCGGUCUCCACGACGAAGAAGGUAUUUUUCAACAUUUGUACAUCAUUGCAUUCUGCGACAAUUGCAAAUAAAUAAAACAUGCACAAGUGAGUUUUACAAAGACUAUGGACGAGUGCUAUUUAAGGUUUUUGAAAAACGCACGAGUGCUUGCAUGUUUUAUCCAAAUUGCACCAUAGGUAAAAUACAUGUUUUCAUGUUUAUUGAAAUAACGUUUGUAGGUCACGAUCCAUGUCAAGAUCUAGUUCAGGAUCUAGGUCAAGAUCACGAUUACGAUCAAGAAGUAGAUCACCCAGACGUAAAAGGUUGGUUGUCAUUGAUAUAAAUAAGUACAGUCAGUUGUGAUGAAACGGAUGAUGUCAUUACUUUCCAGCACGUAUACGUGCCCAAAAUUUGGACAUCAUUUGCUUAUAUGCCGAUGUCAAUAUAUACUAAAGGUGUUGCAAGAAAUUUGUUUUAUAAAAGCCUGAGAAAAAGUGGUGAAAUGCAAUAUUUAAUACCUUUUCUACUGUCUGAAACAAACAGGGGUGCCUUGUGACUGCCAGACCGCCUCUUGUGUCCAAAUCGGAGUUGCGGAGAGCAACAACAAGCGGUCAAAAAAUAUAAAUUCCUUCGAAAUUUCAGUUGUAUAAUAAGUGUUUUUUAUUCCUUUCUCUUAAAAUUGCGAUUAAAAUAUAGAAAACAAUCAGAUCUAGUCUCCACUUUAGGUUUUGAUAUUUUUAUUGGAAUUUGAUGAUGUUCGUUUUGAUUUGUUUCGUGGAAACAUCGCGACUUUUUGGGCCAAAACUCACAAACUCUGACACUUCGUAUCUUGAUUUAUGUUGUUUUCGUCAAUAGAUCACGCUCACCACCUCCAAGACGGAGAAGUCCAACACCUCCAAGCUUUGC